AUAUUAGUUGUAGUUAAAGAAAACGGGACGACCUCCUAGUGUCCUCCUGAGGCAGGUCCUCCUGAAAGUCUUUCUUUGCACUUUUAAAUUUCGAUCGAUCACGGCCUUGUUUGAGGGCAGUUGGAAGGUGCUUGUCAGCAGGGAGUGUUGCAGGACCACACUGCCAUCUUGGCUCUAUAAGGCGGGUGUGAGUGAGAGAUGGAGAUGGUACUGUGAGGGCUGCGGACGGGGGGUGAGCGAGACAAUUUGGGGUGGUCGAUACAAUUUGGGAUGGAGAUUGCGAGGGUAGCGUUCAGCGAGUCGCGGCCCCCACAGCGUCACCCGUCAAGACACCCUUCAGCGCGCGCCCUUUGCACCUUCAACACUUCCUAUGUCACCCACCAGCUUAUAUCCUCCCCUAUGUGACACCAUAAACAAGAAAUCAUCAGCCAUCAGGAAGGCCAAGGUGACGCCUAUGUCAUUUCCUCCCGUCCGCCAUUUUGUGAGCUCAAACAAAGAGUUUGGGGUUAUCAUGGCUGAUAGAAGCUCCUCACAAGGCUGAAGGAUUCGCUUGAGUUUCAGCCUGCGCAUUAGUAUUAUGCCUGUCAUACUGAGGAAUCAUAUCAGAGUAUGAAACAAAUUUAUUGUAAUGUUAAUCAAUAAAGUAUUUCAGAGCCUGCGCGACCGUCGCUAGGUGCAGAUGGGCACUCGUCUUACACCCAGCAUGCUUCACUCUUCUAAAAUGCAACAUCCAAUUUUUGUGCACCAUUUUCAGGCCGAAAACGCUCUCCAUUAUUAAAUUUUGCACUUGAAUCAUUUUCUUUUAACGGGAAAUAUAUUUGGAGAGGCGGAGAGGAUGAUAUAGGAUGGUGAGUGUUAGUGCGUUGUGAUGGUGGUGAGGUGUGAGGGAGAGUGUUGGAACGCUUGGUGGUGAGCCGCUCGCGAACAAUACUAGCGCCGGUGUGUCUCACUCUGCUUCUUCAGUGCCCAGUGCUCCGCUAAUCACUGCCCCCCUGCCCUAGAAAUGUGUUCUCGGUGUUUUUAAGUGAGUGCUUUAGUGUGUGAUCACGAGGAAACAUGACUAAAGAAAUGAACAAAGACGCCGAAGCGUAUGAUAGGGAAUACGAUGGGUUUCUCAAGCAGCUUGAAGAAUUUCAUCAGCAGCGAGGGACGGCCUUCAAGCGGCUUCCUCGCAUCAACGGCAAGGGAGUGGACCUGUACCUGCUGUAUGUGGUGGUGACGGCGCGCGGUGGCUGGCAGAAGGUGAAUGCCCGGUGUGAGUGGGAGGACAUCCUUGAGGACUUUCGUCUGCCAGCAGGUUGUGUCAACUCUGCCACAGCCCUCAAGCACAUUUAUAUCAGAUAUCUUGAUGCAUAUGAACGCAUUAACUUUCUUGGGGAGGAUGGGGAAGAGCGAGGAACAGAAAUGGACGAUGGAGAGGACUCCAGACUGAUGAGGACCAAACGUGCUAUUAGGUCCCUUAAUACUGUACCACUCUGUUACAACCAUCAACAGCACAAUGUCUUAGAAUCCAUAAGAGGUGUUUCUGGUUUAUCAGUAGAGCUGUACAGACCCUCAUUGUAUGACAAGCUGGCACUCUCUUUAAUUUCUCCAUUGCCCAAUGAACACGACUUUGCCUUCAACGUAUGCACAAUCCUUAGCAAUGAGGGCCGUCAUGUUAUGCAGCUGAGCCAGUGUCCACGCUUAAUCGAGCAUAUGUUGGGACACACUGGUGUUUACAAAGACUGGGAAACGCAGAAGUAUUUCCUAACUACUUACAAGGAGACCAAAGGAAGAAGCUUGGUACAGUUUUGGAUCGACUCUUUGUGUGAUAGUAGUGUGUUGGACCUUCUAAUUCCUGACAGCUUGGAUCAACCACAGAUUACAGAAGAAACAGUAGAAUUAAACAGAUUUGAUUUUGCAGAACUUAAUACUAGUGGUGCUAUAGAUAAUAGACAUGUGCAUAGAUUGAGCAGUGAUAGUUUGGCAAAUUUUGAUGAUAAGGAAAUUUUUUUAUGUGAAGACACUUGUGAACCCACUAUAUUAAGGGAUUCUUGCAUUACAAAUGAAACAAAUUUAAUCUUAGAAAAUAGAUUAGAUGGUGGAUGUUUUGAAAAUGUAAUAGAACCUGAAUACGAAAGAAUAUCCUCUGAUGCAAUCACACAAAAGCUGAAAAAGGAAGCCAUUUCAAAACGAUUGAAAAAGGUAUUAGAAUGUGAGGGUAACGACCUUAAACUGGCAAAAGAGGAUGGCGAGAUACUUCACCUAGGACGGGAUCUUGGCACUCAGGAUCCUGAGGGAACACGGAUCAGCCAGAUUCUUCAUAUAAUUCGCAAUUUAUCCUUUGAAGAGCAGAAUGUACCAAGUCUUGCUAGGUCUCAGACAUGCCUCCGAUUUCUGGUUUUGUGCAUAUGUUCAAGAUGGGGAGGGCUGGCAGUCAAUGCUUUGGAUACUUUAGGUAACAUAGCCCCGGAGGUACAAUUACGUGACCCUAAAAUUGAUUCAUGUUCAGCUUCAUUAUUAGCGCACAUAUGUGAAGGUGUGUCUUCACCAGACCGAGCCUUUGUUUUAAGAUGCCUGGAAGUCCUCAACAAGCUUGCCAUGAAUGAUCCCAAUGAAGAAGUUCUUAGUAACAAUAUUGAUUCUCCGGUAUAUGGGCAAAUCUGCAGAUAUCUUACAAUCCAUGACAUAAUGCUUUUGAUAUACACUUUGGAGUGUCUUUACUCAUUAUCAUCAUUGGGGACGCAAGCAUGCAAUGCUAUAGUUCGUGCAACAGGAUCCAUUCAUACACUCAUCUCUCUCCUCACUGUAGAAGCACAAAGUUAUGGUCCUGAAGCUUGUAUUGGUAUGAAGGUCGUAGAAACUGUAACCGGAGUAGUUAGUGAACCGGAGCCAGUAACUCCACCGCCGCCUCCACCUCCUGCCCCAGCUCCAGCUACUAGUGUUGCCACAGUAUCAACACCAACCCCUCCCCCUGUCACUACAGCAGUGCCUGUUAGCAACACACUUCCUACUACACCAGUUGACACUGCUGCUUCCAAGACCCCCCUCACUAAAGUUGUUACCCCUGUAGCUGCUUCACCAACAGCUGCUGCUGCUACUACUACUACUACCAUGGCUGCUGCUCUUGCUGGUGGCGACCCAAAAAAGCUUGCAGCUAGAAUAGUUCCACCAGAAGUUGAAGAGUUUGUUAAAGAAUGGGUUAUGAAGAAUUAUGAAGCUUGUCAAGGAAAUGCCAUAGAACAAGCAAUAGUGUAUCGUCAUUUUGCAGCUUCUAUGCAUUCUAUGGGCCGCAAACAGGGACUGAAUCCAGUUCUCCUUUCAAAUUGUGUAAGGAAAGUGUUUGGGACUGGAGUUGGGCCCAGUCGACGACCAGUGGACGAAGGGUCAGAAAAGUGGCACUACAAUGGCAUUAGACGACGGGAUGGCAUUGUUGUUCCACCCAUGCCUGAUAAGAGGAAGGGCAUAAGACUAAAUAGUGGUAUUCCUGUAUAUACACCGACUCCAGUAAUUCCUGCUGUUAAUACAAUUAAUGCUCAGGUCACUGAAGGAAGAACUCUUGGGUCCAUUUUAGGCUCUCCCCAGUUAGUUUCAGCCACGACAGCUCAAACUGAUACCAUCAUAUCCCCAUCUUCACCUAUCUUGAAAGCUCAGCUGUCUGCACCACUCAGACCGUCCCCACCACCGCCUGUCAGACCACCACAGGGCAUGGUGAGUGGUACCAUGUCUCAAGGUGUGUAUAGCAGUACACAGCAACAACAAUCCUCACAGCAGUCACAACAAGUUCAAGCAGGCAGCAGAACAGAUAAUUCUGCUCUUAUCAAGAGUCUUUUGGCCAACAAGGUAACCCCAGUGGGAGUAGGUCAGGCAGGCAGCAUGGACCCUCUCCACCCCCACCAGUCUCCCCAUUCACGACCCCUUCUUGUUUCCUCCACACCACAGCAACCCAGGGGGACCACAGGUGCUGUAUCAUUCGUACAAGCACUAUCCCAGGGUCCUCCAGGGCCCUUGGGACCCAUGCUGAGUCCUACAGGCAUUGGAUCCUCCCCUGGGAUGCAGGUUGUGUCAGGGGGUCUUGUAGGGGGUCUUGGGGGCCAGCAUGGACCACACCAGCUACCACCAUCACCAGUACAGGUAUCACGAAAUAUUCAGAAGCAACAAUUGCAGCUGCAGCACACAGACAAUAGUCAAGACAGCAGUAGUGAUUCUCAAAUGAGAAAAACUACCUCCUUCAAUGGAAUAUGUAAUGAGAUAAAACGAUGUGAAGAGGAUUCAAACUCGUUUCUUUCCUCUGGACUGAAUGACAAGAAGGUAACAAGUUUUGAAGGCAUCUUACAAAAUGGGAUAAAGUCUGAUAUGGACAUGAAAGAUGAGCCUGCAGAAGAACCUGACAAGAACACUAAAAAGAAUGUGUUAGCUGAUCUUUUAGAAAAGACUGUUGGUGGAGAUAUAUUAAAUGGUGUAGUUGAUCGUGAGUUAAGAAUUAGUGAUAGAGGGCUGGAAUUUGUUACCCAUGGCCAACAGCUAAAGAUUAAUGGUCCAGUAACCACUAAUGGCCAAACAGGUAUUGAAUCUGCUCAGGGAGUGAAAAGGCCUGCUACCCCAGAUAAUGCCCCUGCAAAAAGAAUAGCACUGGAGGAUCCAAGAGCAGGAACAGACAGUCGUAUCACCUUGUAUGUAAGCCAGAAUGGAAGUGAGAGUGGGGAAGUAAUUUCGCAAGGACAUCAAGUUGUGUUAAGUCAAGGCCAACAGUUCUCAUCUGCAAAUAAUACAGCUUCACAACAAAUGGUAGUGAGUCAGGCAGUAUUAGCUGGCCAGCAACAGGGUACACCCACUCAAACUGUUGUUACACCACAAGGUCAGGUGAUACUUCAAAGGCCUGCCACGCAAGCUGGUGUGAUAAUGCAGCAGGGUGGGCAUAUAAUUCAGGGAACAACUGCUGGACAAGUUAUUCAGCAAGUUAUUCAACAAGGACAGUCAGGACAAACUCAAAAAGUUAUCCUACAUCAGGGACAGUUGGGGCAGGUUUUAGGAAGCCAAAUGAUUCUCUCGCAAAAUAGUAGUGGCCAGCACCAGGUCUUGGUACAGGGAGGGAAUAAUUUUCAGGGACAAGUAAUUAUGCAGGGUGUUCCACAUUGUCAGGGACAAGUUUUUGUGCAAGGAAAUAAUUCGCAAAACCAAUUCGUUAUGAGUGGUAACCAGGGUCAAACCGUAGUGGUCCCAGGCAGCCAGGGACAACAAGUGGUAGUUUCAAGUGCCCAAGGUCAAACUAUGUUUGUUGCAGGUAAUCAAGGUCAACCUGUAGUAGUGAGUGGACAACAAGGUCAAGGUGGUCAAGUGGUGAUGCCUGGUAAUGUGGGUGGUACAGUACUGUUGGCUCCUCAGCAACAAGGAUCCACGGCAAAGACAUUAAUUAUUUUGCCCAAUCCCAAAAUGGUAUUAGCAGGUAACCAGCAUCAAGGUGGCCAGGGCCAACAGUUAGUGUUACCACGUCAAGUGGCUGGACAGCAAAUUGUACAAGUGGUGUCAUCUGGAACAACUGUACCAGUUGCUACUGUCAGUACAGCACAGAGGACUGUGCAUGCGGCAUCCCCUAUGACAGACUCGCGUGUGACACCUACCCCUCCACCUGUCCAGAUACAAAGUUCUAGUGGUAGUAGUUGCAACAAUAGCAGUAAUAGUGCGCCAACAUAUAGUGCUCAGACUUCAGCUACUUUGCCCACUGCCAUUGCUCCUGCUCCAGCUGGUCCUACAGCUGUUCCAGUGUCACAAACUUCAGUGAGUCAGGGGCCUCAAACACCACAUGUUCCUGCCCCACAGGUGCUCUCAUCUGGUGUGGCACGACGCCCUGGAAAAGCUAGUGGCUUACAAUAUUUAUGUGAAUGGCGGGGAUGUAGCCAAGUGUUCAACAGUGCAGGGCAAGUGUACCACCAUGCCUGCAAAGUGCACUGCCCUCCACAUUUCACAGAAAUACAGUGUGGAUGGGCAGGCUGUGAUCCCAUGGUUAGAAGACGGUUUAGUGCCAUGACUCAUCUACACGAUAGACAUUGCAAUGAACAGCUCCUACAGAUUCUGGCAGUGAGACGGUCACAGUUAGCAACGACAGGGAAGACGGAUAUCCCAAUCCCUCAGACACCACCGCCACAUCCAGGGUAUGCGCCGAAUGCAGCAUUUCAUGCCAUCAAGAGACAUGCUCUUGAAGUCAUAAAUCAGAGAGAUGCGGUGGAAAAGGAAGGGCCUGUUACAAAAAGUAUUCGCUUAACUGCCGCUUUGAUCCUUAGAAACCUAGUCAUAUAUUCUAAUACAGGGAAAAAAUUACUACGAGCAUACGAGUCUGAGCUAGCAAAUGUAGCACUCAGUACAAUGGAGUCUUCACGAACAGUUGCACAGAUCCUUUACGACAUUCGACUUCCUGACCACCAAAAUCUGUAGUCUAGUGAGGUUUUCACAAAGGGAACAUAGUGACAUUGGAAUCCUCUCAUAAUAGGGUAAAAUUACCUCCCUGAUAUUCCUGAUCCUGGGAUGGUACUUAAAAGUGGCAUCAUGUACACAUUAUUUGAGGGCCAAUUGAAGUGUUCUAUGCUGUCCAUAGUACAUUUUGUGAACUCUUUAAUUCUCCAUGUGUGAUGGUACACUAGAUUGUAAUAUAUCAGGUCCAUGAAUUUGGACACAUAAAUAGUGCAAUUAUUUAAGUAUUGACAUGAAAUGAGAAUGAUUGAGAACAUUAGUGAGUGGUAUUUAUAUUGUGCCAGUGACUAGGUGGAAGAUAAAGUCUUUGCUUGUUGGAGACCUGCCUUGUAGUUUUUUCAUUCCUUAUGUUAGACUUUUGCAUUUAGAUAUAAAAACCUAUCAUUGUAUAGAACUCAAGGUUCAAGUCUGUGGUAUAAUUUUUACUAUUUAUUUUUUAAUUAGCACAUUUAAUUUUUUAAGUUUGAGAGCUUAUGUAGAUAUUGUCUGAAUGCUGUGUAAAUGCUACUUUAAAGGGUCAUUAUAUUUUAAUGAGUAAUCUCAUAUUGCUAAAUUAAGCUCUUUUAUGACAAAUUUAGCAAGGAAGUGGAUCUGUAAGCACAGUUUUGUAAAUUUUGUACACAGUGUAUAAAGAAAAUAAAUUCUGUACAUGUA